GGGUAAAAGUGACCCUGCUCGCUCUGCUUUUCUCUUACAGUUUGUUCAGAUCAAGUUUUGCUCUUCUGGGUUUUUACUGUCGAGUCACACUAGUGACCGAAGAAGGAAACCUCGGUAAAAAGUUGACGAAUGCUGUGAGGACAGUAAUGGAGACCACAGACCAAAUCACUGAGGGUUCCCCUCUGAAGUCGACAGAAGAGGAGGCAGGAACGAUCACAGCACCGUCAGAAGCAGAACUCAAGAAGAAGAGUUGCAAAGAAGUCUUGGGUUUUUCUAAAAUGACCCACUGUAGAACAGGGGUCUUCUUCCUCUCGCUCUUCCUCUGCCUCACCGUAGUGUUUGCCUUCUCCUUCAUCAUCCCCUGCCCUGAAAGACCCCAGUAUAAUAUUUCCUGGAGCAGAAAUUUCUCUGAAGCAGCAACAUACGACUUCCUUGCUAUUGACAAUGCAAACAGCGACAAGGUGAUGGAUGUCCUUUUUGUCCUGAAAAGCGCAGAAAUUUCUCCAAACAAAACAUGUGUUGAUUCAGGCUUGCCUUCGCCGUGUCUGUUCAUGGUGGCGCUGGACGGCACAAAAGGACAGACGCUGUGGGAGAAGCCGCUGAAUGCUGGGUUCCACUGGGCCCAGUGUGGCCUGCAAACACAGACCUGGCAUUGUCUGUUGUCCCAUUCAGACACCCUGACAGCUAUAGACAAAAACACUGGUAAUGUGAUCUGGCAGCAGCUUCAGCCUACUGGCCUCUUGAGCUCCCUUCCUGUCCUCAGCGUCCCAGAUCUGGAUGGGGAUGAUGUCAGCGACGUGGUGCUGGUGGCGUCAGACGACACGCAGACUCAGCUGAUAUUGCUCUCUGGAAAGACUGGAGCUCAGAUCGGUUCCACUGUGAUCAUUGACUCCUUUGCUGCUAAUGAUCAUCUUCUCCACCAAAUUAAAGACGGUUCCUACUAUGUGCUGCUACAGAACGCCUCUGGGUUGUACGCACUGGCUCUGUGGAGGAUUGCGGCCAAAGCCAACGUUGAGCCCGAGCCGAGUCUGAAGAAGAGCACGGUCUUUGAGAAAAACGCCAGCGCCACAACCAGCCUCGUACCCAUCUCCCAGUCUAAGGGAGGACGUUUGCUCAGAUUUAAGGACUCAGACGUUUCCUCAGACCUUGUUGUUUCGUCUGACAGCGAGGUAACUGUAUUUGAUGGGAGCUCUUUAGAGGAAAGAUGGAAAUUCAGUACCACAUCAACCAUUGGAAAGCCCUCCUUCGGUCACUUUAACACUGAUAAUGUCCUCGAUCUGGUGAUUGAAGACGAUGUCGGUAACUCCACUAAAAGGAUAACCAUCCUGGAUGGGCGGACCGGGGGUUUGCUGUGGGACAUCCACAGUUUGGCCAGCGCCAACUCACCCCAACCCGACGCUGUGCACGCCACCAACUCCUUCUCUCUUUUUAUGUUUUGGGGCUUGGUUGCAUCAGAGUCCAACUCAUCUGAACCUUUAGGCCGUGACCGAUGCUCCUACAUGCUGUAUCCCCUCCAUCCCAACUAUCUGCUCGAAUGCACCAACAUCACGGAUCAUAUAGUGACAUUUAAAGCCACUCUGAUGGAGCGUGGACGUCACGCCGCCUAUUUCCUCCUGAUGGGCCCAGAGAAGGAAGGAACCCAAGGAACCGUGGUCCUUUUCAAGCAGAAGCUGAAGGAGGACGUUCACUCAUGCAGAGUGCUCCGUACGAAACCCAGCGGAGAGCCGCAUAGCGACGACGACAUCAAAGAAGUCUUUAACCGACUCCGCUUCAGCAGCGACUGGUGAAAAGAAACCCUGCAGUGUGUGGCUUUGUUUUUAUGUCUCUAAAAUAAAAGCAUUUACUCUAGUUUUUAGCUACUGAAAGCCAAAGAAAAUCAUUUUCUGAAGACACUGUUAAUUUUACUUUAACUUAAAUGUUCUUCCUGAAGUGGACAGAACAUUCAGGCUUAGAUGUCCAUUCAUGAUCCAAUCAAAAACUUUAAAAAGCUGCUGCUCUGCACAGAUUGCCCUAAACCUGCUAAAAAAAAAACACGUCUGCCUCCUCUGUGGUUAGUUAG